CAUGUUUGAUAAAGAAUCUUCGUUUUUUACAUAAAAAAAAAUGAAAUUGUAAGAAUCGUCUUCUUUCUCAACGUCAACGGUAGAAAUUAGCGAUCGAAGCAACAUUCGGCGAUGGAAUUCUGGAGAAGGAAGAAGGAGAAGCGCAAGGCCAGAGAAUGUUUCCUCAAAAAUGGAAGCAUAUUUCUUCAGAAACUCAUCGCCGACUGUAACGGCAUAUCAAACCCUAUCCGAAUGUUCUCUUCCGAUCAAAUCAAGUCCACAGAUUAUUUCCAUGACAUCAAUCCCAAUUUCUUCCCCGGCGUAAUCGAAGGCAGAUCAUACGCGAUCAAGCAACUUAUACACUACAAAGAUAAGUGGGAACCAGAGGGUUACAACGAUAUAGUCAUAUCUGCUCGGGUAAGCAAUCAUAGUGGUUUCCUCAAACUCACAGGAUGCUGUCUCGAAUUUCCUUAUCCAGUCAUGGUGUUUGAGAAGCCAGAAAACGGAGAAUUGAACGAGCGAGGAAGUUUUGGUUACAAAGACGCACCUUUGUUGCCUUGGAAUGUUCGAUUGAAAAUUGCCAAGGAAGUUGCGAUCGCUAUCAGUUAUCUUCACACGGCUUUUCCUAGGAUCAUUGUACACAGACAUAUCAAUCCAACAAGUGUUAUGUUGGAUAAGAAUUGGACGGCUAAGCUGACUGAUUUCUCUCGUUCUAUUACUCUCCCUAAAGGUAAGACUUGGAUCCAAGAUUUGGGAGAUUUGGGAGCUCCGGGAUAUUUGGGAUACGGAGAUCCGCUUUAUUUCUUGACGAAGAUAGUGACAGAAUACACAGAUGUGUACAGCUUUGGAAUCUUUAUGUUGGUUCUUCUUACGGGAAUACCUGCAUUUUUGCAUUUAAUACAUGGCGGGUUGGGUUCUACAGGUAGGAUUCUUGAUUAUGUCAAGGAUCUGCAGAAGAGAGGAGAAACUGUUGAAUUCGGAGGUGAGUCCAAUGACAUGAGGCCUGGUCAGAUGAAAAUGUUUCUUGACCUAGCACUGAGAUGCUGCGAGUAUAGGGAUGAAGACAGGCCAAAGAUGAUCUUGGUGGCAAAAGAGCUCAAGCGAAUUGAAAAAUCACUCGAUUGUUAAACCCUCCUGAGAUGCUGCAAAUUUGGAUCUGAGGAUGGUUGAAUUUUAAGAUUUGAGAUCAUGCUCAUACUAGUGUUGUGUAAUGUGUAUUGCUGGAUUUCUUACCUUUAAUAAAUAUAUCUGUU